UGGAACAAGUCCGUACUACAUGGCUUUUGGACAGCAUAUGGUUACCUCUGGUUCAACCUAUUCUCUGCUCCGACGUUUAAAUCUUUUGAACGAUCGUUCGCUACGAUUUGGCAGGCAGGAUUCUUUCGAAAUAGUUCGCAAACAAGCAUGCGAGCAAAUGUACAGAAAGCACGAGGAAAACAAGAAGCGCUAUGAUCUCCGUACUCGUAAGGUCACGUAUACUGAAGGUCAAGAGGUAUAUCGACGUAACUUUAAGCAAAGCUGCUUUCAAGCUGGAUAUAACGCCAAAUUCGGUCCAAUGUUUGUAAAGUCUCGGAUUCGAAGAAAGAUCGGUAACCUCUACUAUGAACUGGAAGACCUUCAAGGAAAAGUUGUAGGUACUUACCACGCUAAAGACAUUCGACAAUAGCUUCAGUCGGAAUCAGUCUAGAGUAUUCUCUCGAUCAUACCCUAGUCUGAUUUUAGC